CUCUUGCUGCCAGCAGCUCCAAACGUAGGUUUCAGGCGAACCGUCACGACCGACUGGUUCAACCCCUCGUGAGCGACCUGAUAGAGACGUCGACCAGGGCCUGCGCCAGAGGCCCUAGCUACAGUGGUUUUGCUUAUCGAUGCACACUUUCUACAAAGCAGGGCGCGCGUGCACCUUGCGCCGAUGCAUAGUCAAUUAAUUUGAACUCUGCUGUUUCUUCCGCGCUGUUACCAGAGUGGGAAUUCUAUGUGUCACAAUGACGCUUACUACCUCAGGGAGCGGUAGCUCGGCGAACUUGGAAAUUUGGAACUGCUCGCGCAGCGGAAACCCUGCCUGCACGGCGCUUCAGGCAAAGUCUCCGGCGCUAUCGCGAGUAGGGGGUCGCGGGUAGGUAGCUGAUCUGGGUCAGACAGGAGGGGCUUGCUCGGCAGCGCCUGGGCACCCGCAGCGGCCGCUGCAGGACAGGAACCAGUCGGUGUCGGGGCAGCGGCGGCGGCGUCGGCUGUGUAGGAGAGGCGGCGACACGGCUGCCGCGCCCCCAGCCGCGGCGGCUGUAGCGCUGUAGACAUGAGCAAGGAUGCCUCAGAGAUUGUGGACACGCCGGGAUGGCAGGUGUCGCUGCUACUGCUGCUGUUCGCGACCGUCACACUCAUCCUGGAGAAGAGCCUGCACUUCCUGGAGCACGCCUUCCACAACAAGCGCGGCCUGCGCACCGCGCUGCACCACGUCAAGGAGGAGGUGCUGUUCCUGGGCUCCAUCAGUCUGCUGCUCAGCGCCUUCCAGGAGGCCCUCGCAAAGAUCUGCAUCCCCAAGAGCUCGGGUGGUCCCUACAUGCCGCCCGACUAUGAGGACGGCCCGGCCGCAGCAGCACUGGGGGCCGCAGACGGCGGCGGCGCGGCCGCCAAUGCCGCCGAGGCGCGGCGUCACCUGCUGCUGGCGGGCGCGUGCACGACACGCACGUGAGUGGCGGCGGCGGCGGCGGCGGCGUGGGGUUGUUUGGAGGGGGGGUUUGGAGUGCGAGUCGGGUCCGAGUUCGGGUCAGGUGGGCGGAAUGCCUGUGGAGGGUGGCUGUCCGGAAGCUCGAAGGAGGGCGUUGGGCUCCGGGUGCCGGCACCGGCAUCGGCACGGCGGCGGGGAGGGAGGGAGGGAG